AUGUCUGCCUCUAAGGAUGUCCAGUUUGCUUUGAAAGUCAUGAUAAAUAAAGAGAAAACCAAGGUACUCUUUGCAGAGGCCGACAGUGAUUUUUUCAACGUACUGUUAAGCUUCCUGACAUUGCCACUGGGAAAGAUCGCGAAAAUCCUUGUGGAACACUAUAGAGACCACACACCAUUGGCAGUCGGUAGCUUGAGCUCUUUGUACAAUGGUCUUGCUAAUCUUAAUGUUGUCCAUUUUCAUACACAGACAGGAAAACAAAUGCUGCUAAACCCGAGUAGCAUUAUUUAUAAAGAAUGCCAUAAGCUGAAGCUGAAUCUUAGUGAUUCAAAGCCCACCAAGUACUUUACAUGCGGACAAUCGUCCAGUGGGGAGCACAAUUUCAGCAUGUACUAUGAUAGUGUUAGAUGUGAUUGUGGGACUACAAUGAGAACAGAAACAAAAUUUAAAUCAUCUGAGGCUGCUGAAGAUGGCGAUGAUCAAGCUUUUUGCACGAAAGGUGCUUCCUUCAUAAUCGGUGAUGAUAUGCGACUGGCUCCUAAUGUGGUGGGGUCGGUGUUGAGGACUCUAGCGGAACUUGGUAUUAGUGACACCAAAGGGACUGAGAUGAGGAAUGUGACGUUCGGAUAUAAUGAGAUUAUAUAUUUGCUGAGAGGCAUGUUCGUGUCACGGACUCCUUUGACCGAUGCCAUAAUCGGCAAAGCUCAAACUAACUCUCGAGUUUUCAUCCCCAAGACAGAGGAAGCAACUGUUUCCAACUGUGAGAAGAAGAUGAUAUUGAAUGUCAUGCUACAAAAAUCUACGCAAAAGUUAAUAUUUGCGCAAGCCAAGGAUGAUUUUGCCAAUUUUCUCUUUAGUUUGCUCACGAUCCCACUCGGUGGCGCUUUGUCACUUCUGGGGACCAACACUGGUGUUACGUGUUUAGACAAUUUCUACACGAGUGUACAAAAUAUUAAUGGUGAUGAGUACUGGGAGACUAAAGAUACAAAGACCAAAUUACGGCAUACGCAACUACCUAUCGGAUAUAUGUCCCCAAACCAACUUCUCCCUCUAACUGAAGGAGGAUUUCCUGAACUUCAUUAUAUUAGACCCUCUACAUGUUAUCAGUGUAAUGGUUAUUUGUCUCCAACCGUUACAAAUAGAACGUCCGAUUUGGUUCGUCUCAAGUCUCCAAAAGGCAAUGGGAAUUACGUGAAGGGGUCAACAAUGUAUAUGGUGACCGAUGAUUUAACCGUCACUCCAUUGUGUGUCACCUCAAGCCUUUCUACUUUGGACCAGCUUGGAAUACCGUUGUCUGAUGUCGAAGAAUUGGAGCUUAACGUUGGAUUGGAAGAGGCUCUGAGCAUUUUGAAGGCUUCUCUGGCCUCGACUUCAGCGCUGACCGAUGGUCUAUUCGGACCGUCGUUACGAAAGUGUUUUACUUUGAAAGUCAUGAUAAAUAAAGAUAAAACUAAGGUCCUCUUUGCAGAAGCCGACAGCGAUUUUACCGACGUACUGUUAAGCUUCUUGACAUUGCCAUUGGGAAAGAUCGCAAAAAUCCUCGUGGAACAUUAUGGAGAUGACACACCGGCAAUUAUAGAUUUGCUGAGAGGCAUGUUCGUGUCACGGACUCCUUUGACCGAUGUCACAAUCGGCAAAGCUCAAACUAACUCUGGAGUCUUCAUACCAAAGACAGUUGGCAAAGCUCAUCAAAGUAACUCUGGAGUUUUCACAACAAAGACAGAGGAAGCAACUGUUUCCAACUCCGAGAAGAUGAUGAUAUUGACUGUCAUGCUACAAAAAUCUACACAAAAGUUUCUUUUUGCGCAAGCAAAGGAUGGUUUUGCCGAUUUUCUCUUUAGUUUGCUCACAAUCCCACUCGGUGGAGCUUUGUCACUUCUGGGGACCAGCACUGGUGUGACAAGUUUAGACAAUUUCUACAUGAGUGUAGAAAAUAUUAAUGGUGACGAGUACUUGAAGACUAACGGUACAAAGACCAAAUUACAGAAAACCCAACUACCUAUUGGAUAUAUGUCCCCAAACCACCUUUUCUCUCUAACAGAAGGAGGAUUUCCUAAACUUCAUUUUGCUGGAGGCACUGGAAUUCCUGGGCAUAUUGAUUAUUUGUCUCCUUCAACUGUGACAUAUAGAGCGUAUCCUUCUUUGAAACAUGCAACAUAUAAAACGUCCAAUUUGCUUUGUCUCAAAUCUCCAAAAGGCAAUGGGAAUUAUGUGAAGGGGCCAACAAUGUAUAUGGUGACAGAUAAUUUAACCGUGAUUCCGUUGUGCGUCACCUCAAGCCUUUCUACUUUGGAACGGCUGGGAAUCCUGUUGUCUGAUGUGGAAGAAUUGGAGCUUAACAUUGGAUUGGAAGAGUUACUUGAUUUUGUUCUUAUCUCUACUGUAGGCUCUAAGCAUUUUGAAGGCAUCUCUUACCUCGACUUCGGCCCUGACCAAUGCCCUUUUUGGUCCAUCACAAAAAAAGCAAUCACCGAAAAAGCGUGUGAAAAAAGAACACUGAGGCCAAUGCCAAUGAGGUGCUGCUCGUCUACAGGCCACCCGGACAGCCCUCUUUCAGGCCCGGGCUGGUUCACGUGUUCUCUUAAAGGGCCC